AUGUCCCUCCGUAUAGUUCUUGUACAAACAUCACGUUCUGCAAAUAUAGACAACAGCUUCCGCUCCAACUUCCCGAGCCUUCUGCGUCUCGACCCUUCUCCUCCUCGCUCGCUCGGUCUCCCUCUCCCUCCCGAUAGGAGCAGCGGCGACAACGCCCUUGCGGCACGCACCCCCACGGUGGCCAUCCCCGGCCACCACGGAGCGGUGCGACCGGGCCCCGCUGGUCGCCGCCGGCUUGGCUCCCGGCGCUGCCUCCUUUUUUCCGGUGGGCAUGCGCUCGACGAAACCCUAGCUGCAUCUUCAUCGCUGCUGGUGGCGACGGCGAAGCUCCGCGGCUGCUUCAUGCGUUUAAAGCCAAUCAAUAACUUGCAGCCACGGCGCUGGACGGACAAGCUUCUCCAGUUAGUAUUGGUUUUCUGGUACUUAUCAUGAGCUUGUCUUUCAUCUAUUCGGGGCUAAAUACAUCUCUCCUCCCAACUCAUUUAACAAGUACCAUUUUAAACUGUACUCACUUAUGUGGAUUCUCUUUCGUGGCAUGUUUAUUUUAACAUGACACCAAAAUUACCCCUUCUGUGAUAUGUAGACCUGCUCCUUUUGGAGUUGUUUUCAUAAUCACAGUAUUUUUUGGUUAAAUAUUAAUUUAUUGUCUCCUUUCUACUUGAUCAUUGUUGUGUCUUUGUGGACCAAUAACAUAGAGUCUGGGAUUCCCUACAAACAUACAUGGCUAUUGAUCUUGGCUAAAUAAAUUUGCACAGGAAUUAGAAAAAAAAGGAAAUUCUCUUACUUUCAAUGCCAAGUAAACUAUUAUUUUCUACCUUACAAAAAUUUUAUCACGCUUUUGUUAUCAUCAUCUUAUUCCAUGUGUUACCAUGUCAACAUCCUAGAGUGUGUAGCCAAAUGGGAAAAUGUUAGUUCAAACUUCCAUUUUGCAAAUAUGCUUACAUGCUAGAUUUAGAUGUGGCUUUCUUCAGUAUCUCUACCUGGCUUUGAAUAUUUUUGAAAAGGCAUUGUAUGUUGGUGGCUGUUUUGUCAACGCUUUCAUUGUGUUGUAACUUAACCUUCUUUUCUUUUUUAUUCUUAUUUGUUAUGCUGAUUUAAUUGACUCCUUUAAUGUUCUUUUUCAUUAGUCCUGAUGCAGAUGGUCACUGGUUUUUGGAAAGAAAAGAAAGUCUAAUUUCACUUUGUAUGCAUCGUCUCAGGAUUAUGGAGUUAGAGUUUGUUUUUUUAAGUGACAUUAUGAUUUCCUUCCUAUAGCAAUACUUUGGCCAUACCUAGAAAAAAAGAAAUUAGGCAAAUACAUGCUAAAUAUUAGUACCCUUCAUUUAUUAUGUUAUAUAGCUUUUACCUUUCAAAAAUAUGUCAGUGCCAUAUGAUCAAACCUUCUGUUAGAAACCUUGGACUUUAAAAGGGAAACUUACUAAAUCAGAAAAUCACGAUGUCCUACCACAUAGAGAUAGAUAUUAGUUACCUCAUAGUUUCAUAAACUAUUCCAAAGCUAAACCUUCGACCCCAUCACCCUUUCAGCCCACAAAGCUACUUUUUCAUAUUGAUAGAUUGCAGGAAACAAGACAUUUUAGAUCUCUAUGUUCAUCAAAAUGAGGUAGUUGACAUUCUGGUGUUUUUGACCCAUUCUGGUUUUUUGGACCCAUAUAUUUUCUUCCACAAAAUAGUGGUGUGAUGGAUGACUGCCACACUGUGUCUAUGUGUCUGCAUCUAUGAGAUAGAGGACAAACUAGAGGCAACGUUAGAAUUGCAUGUACAUGCCACUCUAAGUCUAAGCUAGCAUACCGAGCAAACUCUUAGGUGGUUAAAAAGACAGGUCUAUUCCUUGCUAUACUUCCUACAUGGAGAUAUAAAGACAAAUUAGAUGAGUAACAAACAAAACUAAUUUUAUACUGAAGUUCUUUUAAAUAAACCUACCUCUAUUUAUUACCCACUAACAAUAUACAAACUUUGAUAAUAUAUGUAUAACUGAUUGAGGUAAUUGCUUUUAACAAUAGUGUUUGAUAUGCACUUGAAACUUCUUUUCAUGACACAUGUAUCUACUGAAAUUUUCAUUUACUUUGGUUGGCAUAGACAUGUAACGCUGCAUGUUAUUGAGGAUGCACUUUGAUUGCCUUAAUAUCUCAAAUUUGCUUGGUCUUCAUUUUCAGAUUGAUGUAAACACUAAAGUUCGUGUGAUUCGCCAUAUCGGUCUUUAAGAACUUCGACUCUACACGGAUUUUGGAUGUUGUAGUCAUCCAUUGUUUAUUGUUGGCUACAAACUGCUCAUUAGAAGGCACAUAUCGGAACUCUUUUUACGUGUGCCUUCAUAACCAUAAAUGUAGGUGAGAUAGACAUGCGUAGCUAAUUUAACAUAUUUUGAGGGCCUUUUGUAUUAUGAAAGGAAUUCUGCUUACCAUUUUGGAGAUUUCCCCUAUGUAGAUUAGUUCGCCAUUCGUCAGUGCUUUGUUGUGAUUAUAUAGUCAAAUAUGAGUAAAGGAUCCAAUAUUUUUUUUCUAAGUCUUCAAUUUCUAUGGAUCAGUUCACUUUCAUGC